AUGAUCAAUGUAAAUCUUAUAACAUGUACACUUUGUCGUAAUUUUUUCGGUGAUCCUCGUCAGAUUCCAUGUUCACAUUCAUUUUGUUUUGAUUGUAUAUCAGGUUGUUUUGAUGAUGAAGCAUUAGUAUUAAUAUGUCCUAAAUGUAAAAAACUUCAUCAAUAUAAUUCACGUGAAGAAUUUGAAGAUCGUUGUAUGCGUGAUGGAUUUCUUGCAUCAAUGGUAACACAAUUUAAAAAGAAUCAAAGUCGAUUAUCCGGAUUAAAAUCUCGACCAACAUCAGCUAUGUCACAAAUUUCAACAAACUAUGGAUUUAUACCAAUAUCUACGCCAGUACGUAUGUUAACACAAGAAAUCAAUUCGAAUUAUGAUCAAUCAUAUUCGCAACGUUCAACACCAUCAAUAUUUAAUCAACAACGGUCAUCAUCUGUUUUAUUACAAUCAACAAAUCGUUUACUUAUAGCUAAAUGUCAAUCAUGUAAUAUAAAAGGAGAAUUAAUUGUAUGUACUCAUUGUGACAAUGUUAUCUGUAUUAAAUGUGUUGAUGAACAUCAAAGUAUAAUUAAUAAUGCCAUUAAACGUGAAUGGAAUCUAUGUAAAACUAAAUUUCAAACACUUCAUGAACAAUCAAAUUGUUUUGAAACUGAUCUAGAAGAAUGUAUGUGUAAAGCACGUCAAUUGCAGAUAUUAAUCAAUGAACAAGGUGAUAAAUUAAUUCAAACAAUUAAUUGUUAUAAAAAUUCUUAUAUUGAUUUAAUUGAAAAACAUCGUCGAACUGACAAACAAUUUCUGGCACAUGAACAAGUGAUUGAGGAAUAUGAAUCAAUUGAUAAACGUAUCAAUGAUUUAUUAAGAUCUACUGAUAUAACUGCUGAAAAAAUCAGUGAUUUUUCAUUUGAAAUUGAACAUCUUAAAGGUCAAUUAGAUAAUUUAAAUAAACUUCUGAAUUUAAAUGAAUUAAAGUUUCCCGUACUGACAUUGCCUGAAAAAAUCAAUAUUGCAUUACUACUUGGUACAUUACAUUUUAUUUCAUUAGAUUCUUAUCCAUCGCAACUUUCAAAUGUUGAUAAUAAUUUACAACUCGAACUUAAUUAUGAUGAUUGUGCAUUUAUUGAAGAAAAUCACCAUAAACCAGCUACAAUCAAUCAACUAUUAUCACCAUUACCUGUUCCAUUAACAUCAAAGAAAAAACUUUUAUGGCAACUAGAUUAUAAAUCAGUACCAUAUUAUAUUCGUACUUAUAAUAAUCAAUUAUUUGUUUGUGAUAAAUACGGAUAUAUAUCAAUAUAUGAAUUUAAUAAAGUAAAUAAUUUUCGACAAAAGCCAAUAUUUAUACGUGAUAUAAUAUUAUUUAAUGAUAAUUCAAUAUUAACAUUAAAUGAUGAUGAUCAAACAAUAAUUGAUUCAUUUGUUGUUUUUAAAUUAUGGAUAAUUGUAUUAAAACGUAAAAAAACUGAAUUAUAUGGUACGAUAUAUUUAUUUACUCAUGAUGGUAAAUUAAUACCAAAUGGUAAAUGUUUUCAUGCUUAUCCAUCACGUGAAUUAACAAUUGAUAUAGAUACAAAUAUAAUUUGGUCACUUGAUCAAAAACAGCUUAGCCUUUAUUAUUGUCAAUUACCUGAUCAAAUAAAAUAUUCUAAUAAAAUUGAAGAUUAUUUUCAAAAUCGUUAUUUAUAUGUACAAUUUCCUAAAACAUUUAUACCAAAGCAUAUAUCUGUUAAUAAGAAUGUUUUAGCUGUCUUAGAUAAAAAACGACAAGUUGUACAUGUUUAUGAUAAAAAAACAAGACAAGAAUUAUAUGAACAUGUUAAUAAUUAUAGUAAUACAACAUAUUUUUGUUCGGAUACGGCAUUAUUUUCUGACAAUAGUCUUCUUAUUAAACUUGAUGAAACAAAUACAUUGAAAACAGAUUCAUCAAAACAUAUUUAUUUACAAUUUGAUACAACAAAUCAACAUCAUGUUAUUGGAAUGAUUGAAGAAAUUGAUGCAUAUGGAAUGAUAAUUACAUCAACUGAUGAAAUUUUUAUUGGUGUUAGAAUCAAUAAAAAAGGGACUGUUAAAUGUUAUGUUUGA